AUGGAUGUCAAGGGCGGGCAGUUUGGAGCCCAUUUUUCCAGAGUUUCCAUUAAAACUGAGAUUCUAUCCAAUCUUGCCGUGAAAAAAAAUCUUUGUUUCUGUUGGAAAAAAAUAAGAGAUCGAUAUUCUGGGAGCAAUUUGGGGAUGGAGAUAAUAAUGAUUGGAAAACGUAUUCGAGAUGUUUUAAGUACUGAAAAUGAUGAUGCGGAUGUAGUUGAGAGUCAUCAAGAUGAUUCGGAUGAUGAAACUCAAGCCCCAGAUACUAUGGAUAUGGACCUUAAAAUACAAGAGCUUCAAGAAAAGCAUAUCGCCGAUGAAAUAUACGAGGACAUCGAAAUUAGAGGUACUACUUUGUUCUUGGAAAAAAACCAUAUUUAG